AUGGGCGUGGACUACUACAAGGUGCUCCAGGUGGACCGCUCCGCCAGCGACGACGACCUCAAGAAGGCCUACCGUAAGCUCGCCAUGAAGUGGCAUCCCGACAAAAACCCUAACAACAAGAAAGAAGCCGAGGCCAAAUUCAAGCAAAUCUCAGAGGCCUACGAUGUCUUGAGUGAUCCGCAGAAGAGGGCUGUCUUUGAUCAGUUUGGGGAGGAAGGUCUUAAGGGGCAGAUGCCGCCGCCCGGCGCCGGAGGAUUUUCCGGCGGGAGGGAUGGAGGCGGGUCCGCCUCUUUCCGGUUCAAUCCGCGCAGCGCGGACGAUAUAUUUUCGGAGUUCUUUGGGUUUUCGAGCCCCUUUGGUGAUAUGGGGAACAUGGCCGGUGGGUCGAGGGCUGGCCCAUCGGGCUUCCCGAGGGGCAUGUUUGGAGAUGAUAUAUUCGCCUCGUUUAGGAAUGCGGCUGGCGGAGGGGAAGGCGGCCCCAGUGCUCCUCGGAAGGCCCCUGCCAUCGAGCGAAUGUUGCCGUGCAGUUUGGAGGAUUUGUACAAGGGGACUUCCAAAAAGAUGAAGAUUUCGAGGGAAGUGGUGGAUGCCAAUGGGCGACCUUCUACCACAGAGGAAAUCCUCACAAUUGAAAUUAAGCCCGGGUGGAAAAAGGGGACGAAAAUAACUUUCCCCGAGAAGGGGAACGAGCAAAGAGGUGUCAUACCCUCGGACCUUGUUUUCAUCAUCGACGAGAAGCCACACAGCGUGUUCAAAAGGGACGGUAAUGAUUUAAUUGUCACCCAAAAGAUCUCGUUGGUCGAGGCCCUAACCGGCUACACUGCACCAGUAACCACCCUUGAUGGCCGAAAUCUGACGAUACCUGUAAACACCAUUGUUAGUCCCAGCUAUGAAGAAGUUGUUAAAGGCGAGGGCAUGCCGAUUCCAAAGGAACCAGGCAAAAGGGGGAAUUUACGAAUCAAGUUCAACAUCAAGUUCCCCAGCAGGCUCACCUCGGAGCAGAAAACGGGCAUUAAACGGUUAUUGACACCUUCAUGA